GUCUAGGAGGUCAAGCUCAAACUCAAGUUCAGAGUCAAAUUUCAACUGUGGCUGCUUCCUUAGGUGGAAUAAUCACCAUUGCAGUAGUAAUUGGAGCCCUUUUAUACAAGAAGCAAAUUGAAAUGAAGAAAAAAGCAAAGAAAACCUUGAACAAAAAGAAGAAAGAAAUACUCACAAGUGCCAAAGCAACUCCAUUGUCAUCAAGGAUCUUCACGGGCAGAGAGAUCAGGAAAGCAACCAACAACUUCGCCGAAGAAAACCUCAUCGGCUCUGGUGGCUUCGGCGAAGUGUUCAAAGGCACCUUUGAUGACGGAUCCAUAACUGCCAUCAAGCGUGCCAAGCUUGGAAGCACAAAAGGCAUUGAUCAAAUCCAAAAUGAAGUUAGGGUACUCUGCCAAGUUAACCACAGAAGCCUAGUGAGACUCCUUGGUUGUUGCUUGGAGCUAAAGCACCCUUUACUAAUUUAUGAGUAUGUUUCUAAUGGGACACUCUUUGAUUACCUCCAUCGUCUCCCUUUGGUCGGAGUAGGCGAAAGGCAACCACUUAAAUGGCACACAAGACUAAAAAUCGCACACCAAACAGCGGAAGGACUUUCAUAUCUUCACUCUGCCGCCGUGCCCCCAAUCUACCACCGAGAUGUAAAAUCUAGCAAUAUUCUUCUUGAUGACAAGUUUGAUGCCAAGGUUUCUGAUUUCGGCUUGUCUAGGCUUGUUGAAUUAGCUGAAGAAAACAAGAGUCAUAUCUUUACGAGUGCGCAGGGGACUCUUGGAUACCUUGAUCCGGAAUACUACCGAAACUUUCAACUGACCGAUAAGAGUGAUGUUUAUAGCUUUGGAGUUGUGUUAAUGGAGCUACUCACUGCUCAGAGGGCUAUUGACUUUAACAGGGAGGAAGAGAAUGUGAACUUGGCAAUGUAUGCUAAGAAGAAAAUAGUUGAGGACAGGCUUAUGGAGGUUCUUGAUCCGUUGCUUAAAGAUGGAUCUAGCAAUGUGGAACUCGAAACUAUGAAAUCUUUGAGUUAUCUUGCAGCUUCAUGCUUGGAUGAUCAGAGGCAAAAAAGGCCUUCUAUGAAAGAGGUUUCUGAUGAGAUUGAAUACCUUAUUAAUGUUGUUAAGGGUCAAGGUUUCAAAUCCAAACUAUAGA